CGUCCGCAGCGGCAGGGAUUAUCCAUUCCCUACCUCCAUCUCCACACAAGGCUUUCCUUCCUUCCUCUUCUCUCUCUGAAUCGAAUCGAUUGCUUUGCACGAAAAGUUUUCGAUUCCAAACUCCAUUUCUCGCUUUCUGCUCUUCUCUCCUCUCCUCUCCUCUUGUAAGAUAUAUAAAGUAUAUAUACUUGCUCUUUCCAAAGACGAAGACAGAAGCGUCGGACAUGGAGGAGGCGAAGAGGGAGAAGGAGAAGGAUGGGAAGAGGAGGGACGUGAUACGGCUGGAGCGGGAGGCCGUCAUUCCCGUCAUCAAGCCCAGGAUCAUCAUGAAGCUUGUGUCCCUCAUUGAGCUUGCUUCUGACCGAGCUGAAUUUCUGAAGCUCUGCAAGAGAGUUGAGUACACUAUUCGUGCUUGGUAUCUUCUGCAAUUUGAGGAUCUGAUGCAACUGUACUCUCUAUUCGAUCCCAUCCAUGGUGGUCAGAAAUUAGAGCACCAACAUUUUUCUUCGGAUGAGACAGAUGUUCUCGAACUUAAUUUCCUAAAUUUUUUUUUCCAGAUAAUGGAAAAGAGCAACUUUAGAUUAGUGACUGAUGAGGAGAUCAACAUCGCACAGUCUGGGCAAUAUCUCUUAAACCUUCCUGUCAAAGUGGAUGAAUCUAAGCUGGAUAAAAAGCUUUUCCCGAGGUAUUUUAAAGACCAUCCUCAAGAAAACCUUCCUGAAUUUUCUGAUAAGUACAUCAUUUUUCGUCGGGGCACUGGAAUUGACCGUACAACCGAUUACUUCUUUAUGGAGAAACUUGAUAUGAUUAUAGGUCGUAUUUGGAGGGGGCUUCUUAGAGUUACUAGGCUUGAGCGACUCUUCUACAAAAAGCCAAUUGUGAAGUCCAAGAAAGAUACUAAGGAAACUACUGAAGCAAGUGCUGACACAGAAGAGCAAGACUUAGUUGUUGAACGUGUUCGGAUUGACAACAUGGAGCUAAGCGUGCAAAAUCUAUUUGGCCAGCUUACAAUCCAAGAACCAACAUUUGAUAGGAUGAUCGUUAUCUACAGGCGGUCUAGCACCAAAUCCCGAGUAGAUCGAGGAAUUUUUGUGAAACAUUUUAAGAAUAUUCCGUUGGCAGAUAUGGAGAUAGUUCUGCCUGAAAAGAUAAACCCGAGUUUAACGCCGAUGGACUGGGUGAAAUUCCUUGUUUCUGCAGCACUUGGUCUUGCUACUCUUGUUAGCUCCCUUCAAAUGCCUACAGCUGAUAUCUGGGUUGUUAUAGCUAUCCUCUCUGCUCUCAUUGGAUAUUGUUCUAAAGUCUACUUCACGUUUCAGCAGAACAUAAGAACUUACCAAAAUCUAAUCAUGCGAGCCGUGUAUGACAAACAACUGGAUAGUGGGAGAGGCACGCUUCUGCACUUGUGUGAUGAUGUGAUUCAACAGGAAGUUAAAGAGGUGAUAGUUUCUUAUUUUGUUUUGAUGGAGAGGGGGAGGGCAACAAUACAGGAACUUGACAAAUGGUGUGAACAACUCAUCAAAGAAGAGUUUCAUGUGGAAUGCAAUUUUGAUGUUGAGGAUGCUGUGCAGAAAUUAGAGAAGCUUGGUAUUGUUACUAGAGACAACAUUGGAAAAAUCUCCUGUGUUAAUUUGAAGCGUGCAAAUGAAAUCAUAGGCAUCACAACUGAAGAAGUGGUGCUGAGAGCCCAACAAGGACCUGCUACAUAAUUUUCCAAGCUGAUUGUUUGGAAAGUCUCUGGUGGAUAUGAUUCCUUCAUCCUGAUCAAUCCAAUCAUGUAAUAUAAACCAGCCACGAACCUUCACCUCAUUCUUUUAUUAAUUUUUUAUGUAACUGUGUUAUUGUCUUCGUACCUUCAUGUCUAGUAAUUGCUCCAAGAAUGUGUGUAUACAGAAUUUUUUUUUUUUUUCUCUUUUAUGAUAAUGCUUGUUUUUAUGAGAAUUUUUUUCUCUCCUCUGAUCAGUGUGAAAAUGAUGUACACAUUUGUGGCUACUGAUUACAGUAUUUCAUAUGUACUCAGUACUAUAUUGAAUAAAAACUACUAACGCACAGCAGAA